AGCCGCAGGGGUCGGGGGCGGUGCCGCCGUGACUCCGCCCUGCGCCGGGUCCCGUUCUCCGGCUGGGAGCCCCGCGGCACGCCAGUCCCAGGCCGCUGGCUCUGCAGUCCGGGGUGGCCCGGCUGCGCGCCCGGGGGCCGCGGUGGUGGUCGCCGCGACACGCGGCACAGCUCCCCUGGGCGCCCGCGUCUCUGGUCCGGGGCCGCCGCCCAGGCCGGCGCAGGGCGGGCCCGGAGCUCUCCAUGCCGCCAGCCCCGGGGCUGCGGAGCCGGCCGGGUGGCUCUUGCGAUGGCGGCGGAAGAGGAGGCUGCGGCCAGAGACAGAAAACUGAGAGAAGAGAAUCAGUUCAUUUCUCCUGUGGUUUCCAGUCAUAUGAGCCCGUGGACAAAACCAACAACUAUUGGAUCCCUCAGCCCACACGUGGUAGAGUUCCCAAGAAAACGAAAAGGAAGUGAUUCAGACCCACCCCAGUCAGGAAUCAUGACAGAAAAAGUGGUGGAAAAGCUCUCUCAGAAUCCUUUUACCUAUCUUCUUUCAACAAGGAUAGAAAUAUCAGCAUCCAGUGGCAGCAGAAUGGAAGAUGGUGAACAACAAGUAAAAAUGAAGUCCUUCAGAGAAGCUCACAGCCAAACCGAAAAGCGGAGGAGAGAUAAAAUGAAUAACCUGAUUGAAGAACUGUCUGCAAUGAUCCCUCAGUGCAAUCCCAUGGCACGUAAACUGGACAAACUUACGGUGUUGAGAAUGGCUGUCCAACACUUGAGAUCUUUGAAAGGUAUGACAAAUUCUUAUGCAGGAGAUAAUUAUAGACCUUCAUUUAUUCAGGAUAAUGAGCUCAGACACUUAAUCCUUAAGACUGCAGAAGGCUUCCUAUUUGUGGUUGGAUGUGAAAGAGGAAAAUUUCUCUUCGUUUCUAAAUCAGUCUCCAAAAUACUUAAUUACGAUCAGGCUAGCUUGACUGGACAAAGCUUGUUUGACUUCUUACAUCCAAAAGAUGUUGCCAAAGUAAAGGAGCAACUUUCUUCUGAUAUUUCACCGAGAGAGAAGCUGAUUGAUGCCAAAACUGGUUUGCAAGUUCACAGGAAUUUCCACAGUGGAAGGACUCAUGUGUAUUCUGGCUCGAGGCGAUCCUUUUUUUGUCGGAUAAAGAGCUGUAAAAUCGCUGUCAAAGAAGAGCAUGAAUGCUUAUCCACCUCAAAGAAGAAAGAUCAUAGAAAAUUCUGUACUAUCCACUGCACUGGUUACUUGAGAAGCUGGCCUCCAAAUAUUGUUGGAAUGGAAGAAGAAAGGGACAAUAAGAAAGAUAGUAAUUUUACUUGCCUUGUUGCCAUUGGAAGAUUACAUCCAUAUAUCGUCCCACAGAACAGUGGAGAGAUUAAAGUGAAACCAACUGAAUUUAUAACCCGGUUUGCAAUGAAUGGAAAAUUUGUCUAUGUGGACCAAAGGGCGACAGCAAUUUUAGGAUAUCUGCCUCAGGAGCUUCUGGGAACUUCUUGUUAUGAAUAUUUUCAUCAAGAUGACCAUAGUAAUUUGACUAACAAGCACAAAGCAGUUUUACAGAGUAAAGAGAAAAUAUUUACAGAUUCAUACAAGUUCAGAAAGAAAGAUGGCUCUUUUGUAACUUUAAAAAGCCAGUGGUUUAGUUUCACAAAUCCUUGGACCAAAGAACUGGAAUAUAUUGUGUCUGUCAACACUUUAGUUUUGGGACAUAGUGAAAUGAGAGAAGCAUCAUUACUUCCUUGCAGCUCUCAAUCAUCAGAAGAAUCCUCUAAACAGUCUUGUAUCAGUGUGCCUGGAAUGUCUACGGGAAUAGUACUUGGUGCUGGGAGUAUUGGAACAGAUAUUGUAAAUGAAGUCCUGGAUUUACAAAGGUUACAGUCUUCUUCCUCCCUUGAUGACUCAAGUCCAACAGAUUUAAUGAAAGAUUCUCAUGCUAUCAACUGCAGGAGAACACCAAAAAAAGAGUUGAUUCCACUAAAUCCUUUUGGAAGAGGGAAGCCCGAGGCUACAAGGCAAAACCAGAGUGCUGUUCCUCCCCAUAGUCACGAGCCACUCCUCGGUGAAGGUGCCCAGCUGGAUUUUGAUGCCCUGUGUGACAAUGAUGACACAGCCAUGGCUGCCUUCAUGAAUUACUUUGAAGCAGAGGGGGGCCUGGGAGACCCCGGGGACUUCAGUGACAUCCACUGGACACUCUAGCAUUUGAUUUUUGAUUCUUACAAAUUAGGAACGUGUUAAAGCAUUUCAUUGACAAGAAAAACAAAAAACAAAAAACCUGUAUAAUCUACUGUACUGUAUUGAUACUGUUUUUAUCUUUUAUUCCUAUUAAUAGUCUAUCAGUUGUUAUAGAUGUGCACCUUACUUCCACAGCAGAAUGGGGAAAUGUGAUGUUUCCCUUCACAAAGAAUGGCUCAGAGUUUCCUACAGACCCCUUCUCUCAGUGACAUGGCUUAAAACACACUAGUUACUAUCUUUUGGUUAAAAUUUUUUAACCAAGAAUAUCAUAUACAUCCGGUUUUGUGUUUAUUUUCUGAUGCAGUUUUUGAGUUUGGGGGAUUUAAUAUAUUGACAUUUUCUUGUGUCUAAGAUUCAUUUUUAAUGGAUUUAUAGAUUUAUAGAAGUUGGAGCAUCUCCAUUUCUUGUAUAUUUCCUUAAUUGAGGAUAAGGCUUAUACACUUUAAGAAAACUCUGAGCACUUGAACAUUUAAAGAGACAGUACAAUUGGUAGUCAUAAUUGCAGUGAAUACUGUAUUCAGUAAUUGAAAAACUUGGGCAAAUAUAAAGCCACGAUAGUUAUGCUUGGCCAAGCACUUGAGAUAGGCUUUAAGUGAGAGGAUUUAUUUAAAAUUCAGGGGAAAAAAUUUUUUUAAGGGGCUUUCAACUUGGCUUAAAGAAAAGGAAAUAUCUUGGGCCCUAGAUCUUGGUAAUUAUCCUUUGCAUGUAAGAAUUAUUGCUAAUAUAACCAGUCAAGAUUUUCAUUACCUAUAAAACCAGUUUUUGAUACAGAAAAUGUGCUUAGCGAAAAAUGAGGCCUGGAGGGAAAAACAAGUGCAGGCAGGUUAAAUGUCUCGUGUAAAGUCACAGUUAAGCUCAUGUUUUUAAAAUGCUUAAUGUGUAUAAAUCAGUUUCUUUAUACACAUUUGGGAAAGCAAUGGUCUCACUGGUUAAAUGAUUAGUUAGCUGACCCAGGAACUAGUUGUGGCUUUCUAGAGAAGGCAAUUACAGUUACUGUUGCUUGUAACCAAUUAUACAAAUGCUAAGUCUAGUUUUGAAACUGAGACAAUGAGAAAGAAUUUAAAAGCCAAUUUUCUAGCUAUAAUUACAAAUUUUAGAGAUCAUUUUUUUAACUAGUCAUUGAGAGGUGGCUUAUCCUGAGGAUAAGAAUAUUCAAAAUCAUAUAUGUAUACCUAUCUUUUUGAAGGUCAUACUUUCAUAAUAUCUUAUGUUUCAUAGUUCUUUCUAGUUUACCAAGUGUGUUUUCAUAUAUUUUCUUUUGUGCCCUACAAAUGAGAGUACAAUAGGCUAGGAAACUAAUGGGGAAGCCAGAGGCUCAGAUGUGGGGAUCCAAUGCAGUUCUCUUCCUCUAGGUGGUGCUACACUUUCCAGCAGCUAUCGCUGGGAGCCUCGCACCAAAACAAAGCAUUUUUUUGACCUUGCAUAUUUCUUUAGGCUGCCGGUGAUAGGUUAGAACUUUUGUCAGACAGGUUAAUGUCAAACAUACCAACAGGCAAUAGUCCAAAAGCACACGUUCCCUUCAGGUGGGACCUCUGCAGUGGCUACAUAGGGAAGGAUGUAUCGGCAGGUUGUCCUCCAGACGAUACAGUGUUCCCGCAAUAUUGGAGGGUCAGCACCACUCCCAGUUCUGGGACUUGAGUGACAUGCAGGUUUAGAGUAAGCCAGAGAAACCCUACAAGAUGGGGGAGAUUGGUUUUCAGCAGGCUAAGCAUGCUUGUCCCUGCUUCUUCAGAUUUAAAACUACCACAUCUGUUCUUUAAGUCCGAGGCCGGACCAAUGUAACAGUUGAGGGUCUAAACCAUUGCAGGUUGGACUUGGCCUCCAGAGUUGACCUAAGCCAGUGGUAGCAAGAUGGGUCACUGUGGCUGGAUGACCUUGAAAGCAGAGGGGCAAACCCUCCUGAUGCAAGGAUCUGAGGGGCAGAGUUUCUAGAGGCAGGCCAUUGCUGCCAUGCACAGAAACAGUUUUUCCUCUUGGCAAGAGGAAAGGUUAGUCCAAAGACCGGUGGGCAGAGAGCCAACUGAAGGCUUUGAUCCUUUCAAGUAACCUACUCGAGUAUUUUUCUGUAGAUCUUGUCCCGGACCCAGAAUCCAAUCCAUACAAUGUGGGAUAACUGUAGCUCUCCCGUGUUUAGUGUUUUCUCCAAAGUGUGUUGCAUUUACAUUGAAUUGCUGUUAGGAGUGACAGAUAUUCUUAUGGCCUACCCUAUAUUACUUUUUCUCCUACCCGUUAAUUUCCUGCAUUUUGUUGCAAAGCAGCUACACAUUGAAUGAAAUAGAAAUAUUCUAGUUGUCUUUUUUUUUUUUCCUAAGUCUAAGAAUUACCUACAAUAACCUAGUGGAGUGGGGAAGAGCCUAGAAUCAGAAAGUGCCCACUUGGCCUAAGUUUAGCUGUGCGACCUCAAGUAAGCCAUUUCAAUACUCUGUAUGUGCCUCAGUUUCCUCGUCUAUAACAAGAGGUUUGAUCUGUCAGCUGACUUCCAGUUCUGAUUCUGUGAUUCUAAUCCACGGGACUUGAGCAUGAGGGUCAGACGCUCAUACUCUGUGUUGUCUAGUAUGACAGCCGCAGGCCACGUGUGGCUAUGGAGCACUUGAAAUGUAGCUCAUGCAGAUUGAGAUAGACUGUAAAUGCAAAAUGCAUACCAGAGUUCAUACAUUUAAUAUAAAAAGGGAGCGUAAGAUACCACAUUAACAGUUUUAUAAUGGAGCCCCUGGCUGGCUCAGUCAGUAGAGCACGCGACUCUUGAUCUCAGGGUCGUGAAUUCAAGCCCCAUAUUGGGCGUAGAACUUACUAAAAAUAAAUAAAAAUGUAAAAAUAAAUAU